AUUGAUCUUCCUCUUAAAAUGUGUCUGAAAUGUUCCCUCACACGUCUCCCUCCUCUCACUCUCUCUCUCUCUUUCUCUCUCUAUCUUCUCCGUUUAACAGUCUCUCGCCGGCGGUAACUUUUUCCGGCGAUGAAACUUCUCUUCCUCAUUCCUCACCGUGAUUUCUAAACCUCCUUCUCUCUCAUCUUAUCACGUGAUCAACAGACUUUAUACUGUUUCUUGUCAAUCUUUUAUAAACCUUUUGUAAACUUUUCCGACAGAGACACAAGAUGUUGGAUCUUAACCUCGACGCUGACUCUCCCGAGUCAACUCAGUACGGUGACUCGUACGCAGAUCGGAAAACAUCAGACGGCUCCGGGAACCGGUCAGAGACGUCCACGUCGUCGGUCAUCAAUGCUGAAGCUGACGACGACUCUUGCUCGACUCGUGCUUUUACUCUAAAUUUCGAUAUUUUAAAAGUCGGAAGCAGCGGCGACGGCUGUGGCGGUGGCGGAGAUGAAAGCACCGCCGUGACUAAAGAGUUUUUCCCGGUGGCUGGAGACUGUGGGCAUCUACGAGGGUCGAGCUCUAGAAGCUGGAUAGAUCUCUCUUUCGAUGGCUCGAGGCAAGGAGAAACAAACUUAGUGGCUCCGGCGCCGGCGCCGGCUCCGGUGAAAAAGAGUCGGAGAGGACCGAGGUCAAGGAGUUCGCAGUACAGAGGAGUUACCUUCUACCGAAGAACUGGUAGAUGGGAGUCACAUAUAUGGGAUUGUGGGAAACAAGUCUAUUUAGGUGGUUUUGACACUGCUCAUGCCGCGGCUAGAGCUUAUGAUCGAGCUGCUAUCAAAUUUAGAGGAGUUGAUGCUGAUAUCAACUUCACUCUCGGCGAUUACGAGGAAGAUAUGAAACAGGUUCAAAACUUAAGCAAGGAAGAGUUUGUGCACAUACUCCGUCGACAGAGCACAGGUUUCUCUCGGGGAAGCUCCAAGUACCGAGGAGUUACAUUACACAAAUGUGGGAGAUGGGAAGCUAGGAUGGGUCAGUUUCUUGGUAAAAAGUAUGUUUACCUUGGGCUGUUCGACAGCGAAGUAGAAGCUGCAAGGGCUUAUGAUAAGGCUGCGAUAAGCUCUAAUGGUAGGGAAGCAGUUACCAACUUCGAGCUUAGUUCAUACCAGAAUGAGACUAACUCUGAGACCAAUAACCAAGGUGCUCAUGACAAGCUUGAUCUCAGCUUGGGAAUGUCUCUUUCCCCCGGGAAUGCGUCAAAGCAAAACGGAAGGCUCUUUCAUUACCCUUCUAAUACUUAUGAAACUCAGCGUGGAGUUAGUUUAACGAUAGGUAAUGAGUUCAUGGGAAAGCCGGUGAACGCACCUCUUCCUUAUGGUUCAUCGGACCAUCGCGCUUACUGGAACGGUUAUAACAACCCUGUCGAGGGAAGGGCAACAGAGAAGAGAAGUGAAGCUGAAGGAGGAGGGAUGAUGAGUAACUGGGGAUGGCAAGGACCAGGCCAAACCAGCGCCAUGAGACCGCAACCACCAGGCCCACAACCACAGUUGUUCUCAGUUGCAGCAGCAUCAUCAGGAUUCUCUAAUUUCCGGCAACAACCUCCCAAUGACAAUGCCUCCUCUCUUGGUUACUUUUAUCCACAACCUUAACUUACAGAGGAGGCUUUAAAACUAUGAGUGUUAUGGUAACUGGAUUAUUUAUAAAAUGGGAUAUGCUUUUCUUUAUCGUCGAUGUGAAACAUGUUCUUCCGUGUACCUUGGUAAAGAGAACACGACUCUUGGAAACUGUAAGGCAAAAGUUUUGUAAAUAACAUAAAAAGUAAAAUUAUUGUCGGUAUAUUUACUUA